GAAAAAAAAAUACAGCUGAAGUUGCAGAGAGCAGCGAUUCAGAAAGAGGAAACUUUUUAUACAUAUAUUGGUUAAUAAGCUUCGAAAGUUAGUGGAGAAAUGGCGUACCCAAGCAUGGGAGAAGCACAUAGGAGAAUCACAGAUUACCUAAACAAGUUCUCCGAAGCCGUUUCAUACCAAGAUGUAGCUUCCCUUGCUCAGUUCUUUUCCUUCUCCUCCAACUCUCCUUCGCUCCUUUCCGUUGCUGAUGCCCUCAACAUUGUCCAGGAUGCGAAUAGAUUCAUAAAACAAUCGGAGAAGUUUUCCCAUUACGGUGAGAUUUUGGCCCCGCUUUUUCGUUCUCUGCAAAGCUAUAGAGUUGGGAACAUGGUUGAUGCCUACCAUGCCUUCGAAAAAUUUGCAAAUGCUUUCAUUCAGGAGUUUCGGAAUUGGGAACCAGCAUGGGCAUUGGAGGCGUUGUAUGUUAUUGCUUAUGAAAUUAGGAUUCUUGCAGAGAGGGCUGAUAGAGAGUUGGCUUCCAAUGGGAAAUCCCCGGAGAAAUUGAAGGGAGCUGGAUCAUUCCUUAUGAAAGUAUUUGGUGUUCUCGCUGGAAAAGGCCCGAAACGUGUUGGAGCAUUAUAUGUGACCUGCCAACUGUUUAAAAUCUACUUCAAGCUUGGUACAGUACACCUCUGCCGAAGUGUAAUAAGAAGUAUUGAAACUGCUCGCAUUUUCGAUUUUGAGGAAUUUCCUAGAAGAGACAAGGUCACUUAUAUGUAUUAUACUGGGCGUUUGGAAGUUUUCAAUGAAAAUUUUCCUGCUGCUGACCAAAAAUUAUCAUAUGCCCUGACACAUUGCAGCCCUCUCAGAGAAUCAAAUAUAAGGAUGAUAUUAAAAUACUUGAUACCAGUGAAGCUUUCAUUAGGCAUCUUACCUGAAACUUCCCUCCUAGAGAAGUAUAACCUCCUUGAGUACAAUAAUGUUGUACAAGCUCUGAAAAGGGGUGAUCUCCGACUUCUUCGGUAUGCUCUCCAAGAGCAUGAAGACCAGUUUUUAAGAUCUGGCGUGUAUCUUGUCCUGGAGAAGCUCGAGCUCCAAGUUUACCAAAGAUUGGUUAAGAAAAUUUACUUCAUCCAAAAACAAAAGGACCCAAGCAAAGCUCACCAGUUGAAGUUGGAAGUAAUCGUCAAAGCUUUGAAAUGGCUCGAGAUGGACAUGGAUCUGGAUGAGGUCGAGUGUAUAAUGACCAUUCUUAUAUACAAAAAUCUUGUGAAAGGGUACUUUGCACACAAGAGCAAAGUAGUUGUUUUGAGCAAGCAAGACCCUUUCCCCAAAUUAAAUGGAAAGCCUCUAAACUCAUGAACUCUAUGAAAUGGUAAUGUAAAAGUCAUUAAAAACUUUUGAGCCUUGAUGAAUGAUGUGCAGGUUUGAUUGUAAAAUGAUGAGUUCUAUAGAGAAAUGACUGGUCAAGCUGGAUUUCUAUGGACCUUUGCAGUGUAUUAACCAUUCUUUUUAGGCCUAGCUAAUCUAUCAAUAAAGAGCAUAUUUGACCUUUUUGGUAA